UGCUGCAGCAGCUGACACCGCAUCCAAAUACAAAGACAUUGUGCCAGAGCUGGGUGGAUCACCACUGUUUUCUUGCGAUAUGUAGGAAAGAAGCCCUUUUGCUUCUCCCUAUGGUGCUUUGAGGAUGCGAUUUCCGAGCUCCAUCUUUGUGUCUGUCUCCCUCUUUAUUGCAGAGACGACAGCAGCCUUGUACCUGAGCAGCACGUACAGAUCUGGGGGGGACAAGAUCUGGCAGGGGUUGACUCUCCUCUUCGCUCUGGUGCCAUCCGUGCUGGUACAGUUCACCCUAACGUUCAUUCACAGGGACUUGAGCAGGGAUAGACCACUCGUUCUACUUCUGCAUAUUUUGCAGCUGGGACCUUUCGUCAGAUGUUUGGAAGCUUUUUUCAUCUACGGCUAUGCUAGUAGUAUUGAAGAGCCAUAUGUCAGUAUUACAAGGAAAAGGCAGAUACCCAAGGAUGGCCUUUCAGAAGAGAUUGAAAAAGAAGUGGGUCAGGCAGAGGGCAAGCUGUUCACACAUCGGGCUGCUUUUGCCAGGACGUCAGUGAUCCAAGCCUUCCUGGGGUCUGCUCCCCAGCUUACUCUUCAGCUCUACAUCUGUGUGCUGCAGCAGUACAUUUCAGUCGGACGAGGUACUCUGAUGAUCAUUUCCCUGCUGUCGAUAGUGUAUGGUGCCCUGCGUUGCAACAUUCUUGCCAUAAAGAUCAAAUACGACGAUUAUGAAGUCGAGGUGAAGCCAGCAGCGUAUCUGUGCAUAUUCCUGUGGAGAAGUUUUGAGAUUGCCUCCAGAGUUGUGGUCCUGGUCCUGUUCAGUUCAGUACUCCAGAUAUGGGUCCUCCCGGUGGUGCUCUUGAACUUCUUCAUCUUCUUCUUCUAUCCUUGGAUACUGUUCUGGCAGAGUAAAUCCCCUUUCCCGGAAAACAUUGAGAAAACACUGACAAGAGUGGGCACCACCAUCGUGCUGUGUCUUCUUACGUUUCUCUACGCCGGAAUCAACAUGUUUUGCUGGUCAGCAGUCCAGCUGAAACUCAGUGACCCUGAUUUAAUCAACAAGUCCCAGAACUGGUACCGGAUGGCUGUGUAUUACAUGCUGAGGUUUGUAGAGAACGCCACUCUCAUUCUGCUGUGGUAUGUAUUUCAGACUGACGUCUACCAGUACGUAUGCACUCCUUUGCUUGUUCUGCAGCUGCUGAUUGGAUACUCCAUAGCCAUCUUUUUCAUGCUUGUGUUCUACCAGUUCUGCCACCCCUGUAAAAAGCUGUUCUCCUCCAGCAUUACACAAGGACUGUGGGCAUGCUCUCACAUCUUUUGCCUGCUCUGCAAGCGGCCCAAGCCACAGCUGCCGCCAUCCAGCACUGCUGACUUUGCAAACGAUACACUGAAUGAGUCCCAGAAUGGGAAAACCAGCCAGAGCUUGUCUGUUAAUCCUUAAAUUAACAUUUAGAAGUGGCCAAUUUGGAUAGCAAACUAAAUUGCUUCAUAAGAUGAAUACGAUAAUGGCUAUGAAUACUGCAUCACCUUGCAUUUUCAGACACUAUCACCAAAACAAGUUUUUUACUUUCAAAGAUGAAUUGAUUAACACAAAUGAGAAGAAAUCAACGUUAUAACAAUAUUUCACUAUAUAUUUAUUUUAUACUAGUCACACACUCUGACCUGUGGUACAUUCCCAGUUUACGUUGGAACCUCCAACAUCAAGUUAAAUCCCAUCUGAAUAACCAAUUACUUUCCCUAAUGAUCUAGUCACUCAGGCACUGUACAGUUUGCAGAUCAACCUUGACAUUGCUGAACACAAAAUGAACCUCAGGAAGCACUAAUGGUUCUCAAGAGGAAGCUUCUGAAAAUGGAACUAUAUCUGGCUACCAAAAAUAUGUAUAAAAAUACAUUUUUGCCCUGAUCUGCAAUUCAUUGAAACCCUAGGACAUGAAUGGCAGUUGGCAUUGGAUGUGUAUGGCUUCACAGGCUUAACCGGAUCCAAAUCAAUACUCCUCUGUAGCUUGCUAUGAAGAUGUAAAGUAACUCACUAUGUAUGAACACUAUUGUGAUACACACACACACUGUGAUCUUUAAAACAAAUGAAGAAAGUGAACACCAUGUGAUAAAUACACUGCUUCAAUAAUGAUAAUAAAGAUAUACUGUAAGGCCUAUAUUGCUCAUUGUGCACCAUGGCCUCUGAACUCCAAUCCAAUAUAACAAUUGUAUUUUUUUAAACUUUACAAUCACACUUCAACAUGAGAUAAUACAGGUGUUUAUAGCAGAUGUAUCACAGACCCGUGUCAUAGUUACAGAAUCAAAAAAAAGAAGGAAGGAAAAAUGUAUAUUCAGCAGCAUUACUGGGUAAGUAGGCAGUAGGAGUUGGUAGGGAUCAUCAGUCAACAGUCACUGCUAACAGUCAUUAUAUGCGCUGUGAAUUAAUCACACGAGUAUGGUAGCAUGCAAAACACAUUUUAUUGGUACGAAAGGAUUUGAAAUGCAAGAUUUAAUUAAUCAAUAGUAGCAUUAUGUGUUCAAACUAAAUAAUUAAUGUAAUAGGUUGUAAAUAUACUAUUUAAGGUAUAUACAGAAGGCCAAUACUGUAUAUACUGGGAGGGUCCUGGCCAGCAAUAGAGUACAAUUUGGUCAUCUUAUUCUGGUCUUGAAUACAGAAAUCAGAUUCCCUUGAAUACAUACAUUGCCCAAAUACCACAUUUGUGCCAAUACCCCAGUCACCCAGUGACUGAAACCAAUUGAGAAAUCACUUAUUUUGUCUUGAUUACCACUGCACACAUUCACUAGUGUCUGUCAACAAAUGACAUACACAAUUCUACAAAUACUGUUUUUGGUAUUGUACAAUAGGACAAUAUUCAUUCAGAAAUGUAGGAUUUCCUGCAGCAGGGAAAUGGUAAUAUUUUCACUGUAUUAAUCCUCAUUGACAGAAAUUUCAACACUGGCAUAGACAUACUCAAAGUUAAUUAGAACCGACAGCUGCAUUGCAUGAGCAGUAGAAGAACUCUCCACACAAGUUGUUCCAACAACCUUUUAGUUUAAUGCAGACUGGUUCCAAGAUGAAUAUAUUACUUGAUGCAGACUGUUUAUGAUUGUUUAUUAACAUUUGUCGUUUACUAUUUAUUUCUAUGUGGUUAUGACAUUAUCUGUAGUUUCUAAUAUGUAAUAAGGACAGGAAAUCCUGUGUACAUUGCAUUUGCUGGUUAACUUUUGUAUUUAUGUGUGAUGUUUGGAUGUUAUACAACAUGUUUCAUUUCAUGAUGCUUAGUUGAUAUCGUAUGUAUGAGUUUGUUAAUUAUUUCAAAGUAAAUGUAUUUAUGAAUGAAUUCUUGAUUUUUUUGUCAUGUUCGACUUUUGCCUUAAUGAUGUCUAUGAAGUAUGUCAAUAACAUAUCCUGUCACAGCUGUAAAUACACAACUAGCGCUGCCAGCAUCAUGAUCGGUUUCUGUCUGAAAUAUUAUGCUUGAUCCAUUUUAUGUCACACAUGAGGAAAGACAAAUACCUCCUCAUUGAUCACUAAAUAUAAGAUGUUUUGGGGGGUGUUGGGUUUGUAAUGUUAGUAAAUGGGCCAGUAAAUCCAUGCAAAAUCUACAAAAAAAUA